ACAAACAUCAGCGUCUGACGGUUAUGUGACAGGGUCUUGUUCGCUGUGCUCGUUGACUUUCAGCAGCUGAUAUAAAACCAACUCUUGGUCCACGUUCAGGUUUGAUCAUAAGUAUGAAUUUCGUCAGGUUUCGCCUUCCUGUCCGCACCAUCUUAGGUCAAAGAUAUAGACAGGCCACAGAAUCAUGGAGCCACAGGGGGAUGUGCAAUAAACCACAACAGCCUGCACCUCCAGCACAAGCAGCCCGUGACGGGUUCAGAAUGCCAGGCUCCAGACCAUCAGACCUGGACAAGAAGAUGUUGAUCUGGUCGGGACGUUUCAAGACCCGAGACCAGAUACCAGAGUUUGUGUCACACGAGAUGAUUGAUGCUGCCCGAACCAAAGUCAGAGUGAAGGCCUGCUAUUUAAUGAUGGCGGGUACAAUUGUGGCCUGUGUGGUGAUGGCGAUUCAAGGAAAGCGAGCUGCUGGCCGUAAUGAGACGCUGAUGGUUAUAAACAUGGAGAAAAAAGCGAAAUGGAAGGAGGAAUAUAAUAAAGAUGUGGAAGCUGCCAUUGCCCUGCCUGAGAAGGCUCAGUGAUGGAGAAUGGCUCGUCUCUUCACAACCAUUUCAGUCUUCAAGUGCUGGACCAGUUGUUUCCCUUUCCAUUAUAUAAUAUCACAACCUCUCAUUCAUGUGGAACUGCAGUCAAUACCUGGUGUAACUUUUUUUUGCAACCAGCUGAUUGACUACACAGUGGGGUUUAGACCCAAUGCAUGAAGGUUGAAACUAGUGUCCAUUUUUAUGGUGGUAUUACAAAUACACUGAUGCGUAUUCCUAAAUUAAGAUUUUCUGAAUAUUUGCAUUCACGCAACUAUGAUUUACUAAUAUUCUGUUGUAAAGAAACCCCAGUUGCAAUUGUCAGUGCUUCUAGUGGAUUCUGAACACGUACCUCUCAGGCGCUGUAGUGCAAGUGCUUUAGGUAUCAGUUCUUAAACUUGCAUCAGAGGCAGUAAAUGGAAUGUCUUGUGAAGACUUUUCAGCUCAUAAGGGUUUUAAAUGGUCUUCAGUUCCCAUUUGAAGUAGUGACUCGAUAUCAGCGCAGUACAUCUGCCCCGCCCCUAUACUCAUGUAAUUAAGCUUGUUUGUGGGAUCGUUGUUUAUGUGAGCACCAACGGAAAUGACUUCAAUAAAUGUCUGCUUCACUGA